AUGUUCCAGGAAACACAGUUCUCACCAUUGCAACCGGAAGACCCAUUAAUUGCUGAAGAACUACAGCGACUAGAGCAAGAGCAUGUCGAUGAUGACGUAUCGGCCGAAGAAGGCAACACGAACAACAGCAUCAGCAACAGCAUCGUCGACGACAACGUCAGCAACAACAAUAACGACAACACACUUUCUAGCAACGGGACAGGACCAAAACCUAUCUCUGACGAAGAAAUAGAGCAGCUACUGAUGUCGUUGGUUAGCGAAAAUGAACUGUCAGAAAACAAUGAUCGGUACGAGAUACAGCAUAUACCGUCAUCGCAAGGUUAUAAUUUAUCGCUGAAUCCGAACAAAGAGAUGCCCUGUUAUAUUGAUGCAGUCGUGGAGACAUUCUGGCACUCGUUAUUACCGUAUAUUGCUCGCUUCAAUCCUAUUACUUUUACGGAGCCAUCAAACGACGACAUCUUUGCACUGACUUUACACGAAACUUUUAUGAACUGUCAGUCCGGCGAUCGUAACCGAAGCUUUGCAGCAUCCAGAAGAAUGCGAAACUUUGUCUGUGGCCUUAAAGUGGAAGAAUAUGACGACCGGUACACUGGACUUGCGAGGGAAGCCAGACUAGAGUUUCGAUUUAGAAGAGGUGGCGAUGGUGACUAUCUCAGCAAUAUUUUGGAAGAUUACUUAAAACAUAUGCCCAAUACGUUCAUUCAAAACUUCGUCUUUGAGAUGGAACGAAUCAACGCCUGUAGCGUGAACGACGGACAUCGCCAUUUGCUUGCGAUAUGGGAUCUCAUCAUUGACCGCUCGACAAACGAAAAAUGUGACUAUCGCAAAAAACCAGCUAUCGAGUACAAUUGGAUUACGUCGAAUUCGCCUUUGUUCCUACUGCUGGUAGAUAUUACCGAUCGUGUCAAGAUUCCUGAUAGUUUCCAUUUUCAAUAUGGAGGUAGAGUAGAGUACUCGCUGCAUGCCAUUAUGUCCUCAACUCGUCGCACUGGUCUCCACUGCAAAGGCACUGCCAUCAUCCCACACCACGACGAAUUUCUUGCAGUCCUUGAUUAUUUUACAAAACAUGGCAUCAUCAUUUUGCACGAAAACGUAACGAGCGAGGAUAAAGAAAAAGCAUUUGCUCAGAUUAAACACCCACUUGUUGCUUGCUAUAUGAAGGUUACCCGGGUGAUUGAUGUCCAGGGUAGAGCAAUACUUGAUGAUGAUGACUUCGAAACAGAAAGGGAACUGCCACCAGCUCAUACUACCAUUCUUUACAGAUAG